UUUCGUCUCCGCCAAAACUUGCCGUUGUAGUUGCUGCUGCUGCUCGUUCCGCUGCAGGAGUGACGACCGACGAGCGAGAGCACCGGCCGGCCGGCGGAUCGUUCCGGCCGCGGAGAGCAGCGGCCGCCGACGUUCCUCGUCGUCUUGCUGAAGGUGCAUUUGCGAUUCCGGGGGGGCUCUCUUUACGGUUGUUCUAUAUAUAUAUCCGGGGGGCUUCGGUUCCUUUCUUUCCUAAUUAAAUGGGAAGAACACCAGGAAAAUGGUUGAAGACCUUACUCCUUGGCAAGAAAUCGUCAAAGUCUCAUUUGCCAAAAGGAGGAGAUGUUUCGAAAUCUGGACAAAAAGGAGAGGCCUUAAUUCCGUCUAAGACACCCUCCACUGAUAUUAUUGAGGAGCCUCCUUCAAAUUCAUUGCCAAUUUCUGCUACAAAUACUAGGAGUGCAGUGGACUUUGGAAAAGGGCCAUAUGCUAUAGCACCUAAUGAUGCUAAUAUUAUUUCAUCCGGAAAAGAUGGUAACGCACAUACAAAUGGUUUGGCCUUAUCAGAAGAUACUGAAAAUGAGAGGCUUCAGCAAGCGGCUACUAAGGCACAGGCUGUGUUUAGAGGUUAUCUGGCUCGUCGUUCAUUUAGAACACUCAAAGGUAUUGUCAGGAUGCAAGCAUUUAUCCGUGGCCGCUUGGUCAGAAAACAAGCUAUUGCCACAUUUUGCUGUGUGCGAGGCAUUGUAAAGAUUCAGAAAUUAGCUCGUGCUAAAAAGGGUUGGGAAUUGCGCAAUCCUUCAGCAACUGGCCAGGAUAAGCUGCUUGUUGAUGUGUUCAUUCAGAAGCUUAUUGCUUCAUCUCGCCUGGCAAAUCCUCUUCAUCUUCAAUAUGGCUGCAGAGAUCCAAAUUCUGCUUAUAUGUGGCUUGAACGCUGGACGAGGUCUCGUUUUUGGGAAGCCUCCUCACUACCAAAGGAAAAUUCUCACUCAUAUCCGCAGUCAAAGCAUCAAAAUCUGGAAAACAAACAGUGUAGCCACAAGCAAAGUGUUCGCAGACUGCCUAGUACAAACGUCAAAACUGACUCCAAUGGCAUAUCUUCGGAGUCUGAUAAGCCCAAACGCUACCCAAGGAAUUUUUCUGGUCACAUUGUAGAUUCAGUUCAAUAUAGAUCAGAGAAUGAGAUUGAGAAAGUAAAACUCAAUUUGAGAAGGACUAAUGAUCUUCCAAAAGAGGUUUCUGAUGGGGUGAAGGCUGAUAAGAAGAAACUGGACGACAGUCUUGGAAAUGAACCAACUUCUGUAACCUCUCUGGUUCUGCAGCAAGAUGUCAGUCAUUCAUCUGAGGUGGAGCAAGAGUCCGAAAUUGAAGUACUGUCACAAUUUGAACUGAAAGGAAAUCUGAAAUUAGCAGCCUCUGAAGAGCAAGUUGAUGAAUUACAAGAACAUCUGGUUGUCGUUAAUGCUCAUCCCGCAGAAAGAGUUGGUCUAGUUGAACAGAAGUCGGACUUGAAGGAUGCUAGCAUGAAUGGCAAGCAUGAAAAAAGCACCCAUAGAAGAGCUUCUUUACCUGCGAAGAUUGACCAACAAGAGAAUGGGAAGCAUCCCAGCACAAGAGUGCCCAGCUAUAUGGCUUCGACUGAAUCUGCGAAAGCCAAGCUGAGAGGACAAAGCUCCCCUAGGUUUGCCCAAGGUGGGAUUGGUAUGAAUGGCACAAGACGGCAUUCAUUGCCAUCGUCCACCAAUGGGAAAGUAGAUUCAUUUUCACCAAGAGCUCUGAGACUUGUCGAAGCAUCUGGCAAAGGAACAAUUAGAAGUGAUAAAUCUCUUACAUCUUCCAGAGAUUUUGGUGAGAAGUCGAUUAAAGUAGAGUGGAGGAGGUGAUCUUCUAUGGCAUGACGAUCACUCUGGACUUUACAUUGAGAAAGAAGUGAAAUAACAGAAACUGCUCUUAGUUUUCUGUUCAGGGCCUUUUCCCACAGACGAGUUCUCAACUUUGGCAAUGUCCACGCACCCAGUUAGUCAUCAUUCAAGAUGCUAGAACAUGUAUGGGAUAUUAUCAUUUUCUGUAUAGGGAUGUUUUACUCUCUGACCAGUUGGGUGGUUAAUGUGCUUAAUUAUCAUAUGGGCCUAAAUAUGUGCUGCUUUUUCUUAGGUAAUUGUUCUGUCUAUAUUCCCUGUAAGCACUCUGAUUUAAUUUAUGAACAUUUUACAAGACAUGAUAAGAUUUCAGUCUACAA